UGUUAGAAGGCACAUCUAACAGCAGAUUCUCAGAACUCUCACCAACAUAGUUAAAAGAAUCCAACAUGUGCAAGCCACCAACACCAUGUGGCAAAGAAAAAAGGCUUUCUGGGCUGAAGCUUGAGCCUUCUUCUACAACUUCUUUGCCUUCACAUACAGGAUUUAUAAUCACCCUUAUGGGGCUCCUCAUUGUUGUCUUCAAUUCUGAAAUUUGUACAAUAACUUACUUAGUUGUGCAAAUCUCAAGUCCGCUUUCUAUCUUGACAUUGGUUUCAUCGCUGUCACCACUUAUAUAAGCAUCAUGGCAGCUCAUGAAGUACCUCUGAGUUCUAGUGGGGCACAACCUGUUGAAGCAGCAGCAGGGGAAUCGGGUGCUGCUGGAGAAGCUUUUCUGUGGGAGCUAUUCGGGACAGUCAGAUAUUUUUCAACCCCAGUAUGGACAAUACUGUCCGCUACUGCCUUAACUUGGAUUGGGUGGUUUCCAUUUCUCCUUUUUGAUACUGAUUGGAUGGGCCGAGAGAUUUAUGGUGGUGAACCAAAUGAAGGCCCUAAUUAUGAUACUGGAGUUAGAAUGGGGGCAAUAGGCUUAUUGCUUAAUUCAGUUGUUCUUGGAAUAACGUCUGUACUCAUGGAGAGGUUAUGCAGGAAGUGGGGGGCUGGGUUUGUGUGGGGAAUCUCAAAUAUCUUGAUGGCUGUCUGCUUUAUUGCAAUGCUUAUUGUAACCUAUCUGGCAAAUAGAAUUGCCUAUAUAGGCAAAGAACUACCACCAACUGGCAUUGUGAUUGCUGCAUUGACAAUCUUUACCGUUCUUGGGUUUCCACUUGCAAUCACUUACAGCGUUCCAUAUGCCUUAGUUUCCACACAUAUUCAGUCAUUGGGGCUUGGCCAAGGAUUGUCAAUGGGGGUCCUAAAUCUUGCAAUAGUGUUCCCACAGGUCCUCUACUCCGGAGUCAAUCUUCGAUUCAAAGCACCAACUAAAUUGGUUUUGAAAGAAUGUCGCUCACAAAACUGCAUCAAAAAUAAACUUAGCAUGUCGUAACAAUCCAAAAAAUAA